GCUGACCCUGGUGGGAAUGAGACUCCGUUGAUAUGACUAAUGUAAAGCCUCUGGGGGCACCUCCACGUUAUAGGUGCUUAAUAUGUCAUCACUGCUCCUGUUUUCAUCAUUGUCCCCACAGAAGUGGCUGCCUAGGAGACAGGGAGCCCCUUGAAGAGACCACGCUGUGCCCGGUCCAGCUCCCCUGCCACGUGUCCCCAGUGCCCCACCCACCCUGUGCGUCAGCCAGAUCCUCCUUUCUCCAAACCUCAGGAAGCUGGAGUUCGAGGUGGGGCUGUGGUUCACCAGAUGCCACAAAUAUUUACCUUGGAGACCUCAGCCCAGAUGCAGAGGGUGUACAGGAUAUAAGGCUGAACUUCCAGAUCCACUGCCCAGAUUGUGCCAUGUGCCACCUGCCAACCCCCAAGAAGAUGGCCAGCCCACGGACCUUCACCUUCCUCUGUGGUUUGCUGGCAGCCAAUCUGGUGGGAGCCACCCUCAGCCCUCCUGCAGUUCUCAGCCUUGGCCCAGAAGUCAUCAAACAAAGGCUGACACAGAAACUGAAGGAUCACGAUGCUAUCAACACCCUGUGGCAGCUGCCGCUGUUCAGUGCCAUGAAGAAGGAGUUGGCCAGGGACGUGUUCAGCAGCCUGGUGAAGUCCAUCCUGAAGCAAAUCAUCUGGCUGAAAGUCACCUCAGCCAACAUCCUCCAGCUGCAGGUGCAACCCCUAAAUGAUGGCCGGGAGCUGAUGGUCAAUGUUCCCCUGGACAUGGUAGCUGGAUUCAACAUGCCCCUGGUCAAGACCACUGUGGAGCUGCGCAUGGAGGUGGAGGCCCAAGCCAUCAUCCACGUGGAGACUGACGAGAGAGACCACGCCCACCUGGUCCUCAGCGACUGCUCCAACACCCGUGGGAGGCUGCGCAUCACCCUGCUACACAAGCUCUCCUUCCUGCUCAACUCUUUAGCUGACAAGGUCAUAAGCCUCCUGGUGGCAGCCCUGCCCAAACUGGUGAAAAGCGAGCUGUGCCCGGUGAUCAAGGCAGCCUUUGAGGACAUGCGUGCGGACCUCGUGAACAUGACAAAGGUGCCUGUUUCUCUCAACUCUGACCAUCUGGAGUUUGACUUUAUGUCUCCUGCCAUCCAACACAAUGUUGUUCAUCUCAUCCUGGGGGCCAAGUUGGUGGACUCGGAAGGAAAGGUGACUAAGCUGUUCAAUGACAGUGUGGAUUCCCUGAAUCUGCCCUCCCUAUACCACACCCAUUUCAGCCUCACCAUGAGGAAGGAUGUGGUGAAUGCUGUAGUAGCUGCCUUCCUCCCUCCAGAAGAAUUCAUGGUCUUGUUGGACUAUGUGCUUCCUGAGACGGCCCGCUACCUGAAGUCAAGCAUCAAGGUGAUCAGUGAAAAGGCAGCAAAUCAGCUGCGGCCCACACAAAUCGUGAAGAUCCUGACUCAGGAGACCCCAGAGCUCCUUGUGGACCAGGGCAAUGCCAAGGUGGCCCAACUGAUCAUUCUGGAAGUAUUUGCCACCAAUGAAGCCUAUCGUCCCCUCUUCACCCUGGGCAUUGAAGCCACCUCAGAAGCUCAGUUUUACACCAGAGGUGACCUACUUAUGAUCAACUUUAACAAAAUCAGCUCUGAUCGGAUUCACCUGAUGAACUCAGCCAUUGGCCUGUUCAAUCCUGAACUUCUGAAAGACAUCACCACCAAGAUCCUUGCCUCCGUCCUGCUGCCAAACGAGAACGGCAAAUUAAGAUCCGGGAUCUCAGUGUCAAUGGUGAAGGCCUUGGGAUUUGAGGCAGCUUCGUGGUCUCUGAUCGAGGAUGCCUUUGUGGUCACCCCGGCCUCCUCAUAGAACCUCAGACCAUUUUCCUCUCUCCCAGUGAAGACUUGCACGGCGGCCUUCCAUGCAAGCUGGGUCUCAGUGGGAGUGUGGAAGCCAGCUCUGGAGACUGGCCCUCUCUGCAAUAAAUAAACUUGUCUGUGACUCCUGCAGUCUGGUGUGUCUUUGUCCCAACUCAGGGGUCAUUUUGCCCCUGGCAGGCUUAGGGACUGGACAUCCAAGCCACAUCUAGGUCAUGUUCAG